CGCUGCAGGUCUCCUGUGCUGAGCGCCAGGCCGGGCGGAGCCGGAAGCCGGCGAAGGUUGAGCCCGCGGCUGAGCCGAGAAGGGAGGAGGAGGAGGAGGGCGGCGACGGCAGCAGCAGCAGCUCCAGCUCCGUCUUCAUGGCGCUGAACCUGAGCCGGAACGGGCCGGCGCUGCAGGAGGCCUACGGCCGGGUCGUGGCCUCCGCGAGCCCCACGGACUGGGCUCUGUUUACUUAUGAGGGGAACAGCAAUGACUUGAGAGUGGCUGGGACUGGAGAUGGUGGCCUGGAGGAGAUGGUGGAAGAACUCAAUAGUGGGAAAGUGAUGUAUGCUUUCUGCAAGGUGAAAGAUCCCAACUCCGGCUUGCCCAAAUAUGUGCUCAUCAAUUGGUUUGGUGAAGGCGUUAAUGAUUUGAGAAAGGGAGCCUGCGCCAACCAUGUCAGCUCUGUGGCAAACUUCUUGAAGGGUGCUCAUGUGACAAUAAAUGCUCGGGCUGACGAGGAUGUGGAACCAGAUGCUAUCAUGGAGAAAGUAUCUAAGGCUUCAGGGGCGAACUACAACUUUCACAAAGAAGGCAGCAAGUUCCAGGAUUCAGGCCCUCAAGCUCCUGUGGGCUCAGUCUACCAGAAAACAAAUGCCAUGUCUGAGAUCAAAAGAAUCAGCAAAGAUAGCUUUUGGGCCAAAGCAGAGAAAGAUGAGGAGAACCGCCGGCUAGAAGAAAAGCGGAAAGCGGAGGAAGAGCGCCACCACCUGGAAAAAGAACGCCGGGAGCGGGAGAUGCAGGAAGCAACUUUACGUGAGCGAAGAUUUAAGGAGCGGGCUAAUGAGAUUGAUGCCCAGAAGAAAUUCCAGCAACAACAGGAAACCGAGCCAAGGGACAAAGAUAAACAACAAUGGAAGGAGCAGGAAGAAGAUCACAGCAAGGUGCAGAAGGGUUUCCGAAGGAGAAGUGAGUCUGUGGAAAAAGCUCAGGAAGCAGCAUCGCUAAUAUCGCAAAGAUCAGUGAAUCCUCGUGAUAUCUUCAAACAGAAGGAGAGGUCCAUGUCCACAGAAGCAGCAGCUGUCGGUUCCCAGCCAGGGAAGUUACGGAGCCCUUUUCUUCAGGAGAACAGUCACGUGGAGGCUCCUGUCUCCCCUGUCCUUCCUGCCGUUCAAGAUGUUCACCCUUCUCCUGUUGUCCAUUCGUCUGUACACGACACGCCUCCCGUCUCUCCUGUUCCUGAACUUGGUAAUUCUACCAGGCAGGACAACUACAAACCAGGCACUCCCGUCUACCAACCAGAGGUAGAACAUGAAGCAGUGUAUGAAGAACCUCCUAGCCAACAGGGUAUCUAUGAUGAGCCCCCUAAGGAACAGGCUGACGAUACUAAAUAUGACUAUGAUGAUAGCUACCAACAAAGUCCUAACAUGGAGGGGAAAGGCUUAUGUGCUCGAGCUCUAUAUGACUAUCAAGCUGCUGACGACACGGAGAUCUCUUUCGACCCUGAGAACAUGAUCACCAACAUUGAGAUGAUCGAUGAGGGCUGGUGGCGUGGUUACGGUCCCGAUGGCCACUUUGGGAUGUUCCCUGCCAACUACGUGGAACUCAUCGAAUAACCGGCUCGUGCUGGAGGAAGAAUACAAGCAAUACCUGAAAGAACGGGUCUGUCAAAUCCCAUUCUUUGAGGCGAAGCGCUGUAUUGCUUUUGAAGAGUGAAGUGCCAUUGCUCAGCACCCCUGUUGCUGGAGCAACGUCUUCACCUGCCCGGUGAAGCAGAAUAUGUCCUUUGCCUUCUUUUUGUUUUCCUUAGCUGGCAUUUUACAGGUGAAGAUAGGACAUCAAUCUUGGCAGUGCGUAACAUGGGCCCAAAACAUCCUCUCCAGUCACACAGGGACCAGAUUACUGUUUGAACUUCUCAGAUGGAGUGUUUAGAAGAUAGGAUGGGCUUAACAGAGAUAGCAAGGUUUUCUAACGCAAACUGAUUUUUCAUUCCACGUGUUGCGGAUCUCCAAGGUAGCAUACAGAGGUAUCUUAAGAAACGCGCACAUCAAUUAGUAACUUGUAGGUAAAAUUUAAGCCUGCAGUCCACAACCCAGUUAUUCCAGAGCGCUGGAGAGAAAUAGGUUGUGCGUUGCGGCUUUUGGAGAUGCAGUCCACUAGGAAUUGCCCCCGGGGUAAGAGCUGUUGAAAUGAAUGGAAUUGCCCAAUAUAUCUGCAGUGUUCUUGUGCAACUCCCUUCCAUUUCAGUGCAGUCAUUAUUCAAUGGGAGAUUGUGCCCUCAAACUACUCCACCCUUUUGUGUGGGGACCAAGCUGCCUGGCUUUUUAAGUUCUUGGGUAUUUAUGGAAAUUCGCCCUGUGCUUUAAAGCAAAUGCCUGUCACUGUGGUUUCUUGAGAUACGGUUUGAGACAUAAACACCAUGAAGGCAAGCUGUAAAACAAAUGCCCCGAAAGCAAUGCUAGCUUUGAACUGUGGUGCACACUGCUUUAAAUGUAAUGCUCUCUCCCUCUCUCCCCUUCCCCUCUCUCUCUCUCUCUCUCUGUGUGGUUUGGUUUGGUUAAUAGAGGAGGACCUUGGUUCCUUUCUUGAAUUUUGAAAGCCUUAAAUUGCCUUUAGAUUUGGAUUAAUUUCUCCCUUCCCUCCUUUUUAUCAUUAAAUAAAAGAGAACAUAAAGAAACUUCAGGCAGCAGAACUACUUAGGAGCGGUGCAAAUCUGUGCUGUUGUAAUUGUGUGACAUUGUGCAUCACUGAUCAACAUUGGCUAAUUGUGUUAGCCUAGUAAAGGCAUUUGUGGAACAUAACUGAAUUCAGAUGCUGCAUUUUGAAAUAACCUGUCCAGCUCUCGCCUAGCACCUCCUCUUCAUGAUGUAUUAGCUGCAGGUGUAGGUUGUGUUGUUGCUGUUUUUUUAAAAAAGAGGAAGCCAUUUAAACGUUAUUUUGUUUGCCUUGCUCAAGGCAAUAUGGCUUCUCAAGUAAUUUUCACAAUCCUUCCUGUGCAGGUAUCUGACAGGGAGAAAGUGUUUUAUAGAAGAGAAUCUUGCUGUUUCCUGGAGAAGCAAAACUAAUGGUCUUGCAAGGUUAAAUUCCAUUCUCCCCUGCCUUUAUGCAUGAUGUGGUAACAAUUAUAGAAACAAGAGAUCCUAAUGCAGCUCUCAGUUAAUCUGUUCCAGCUAGUUUUCCUUUAAUGGCAAUU